AUGACAUCUGAAACAUCAGCCACGGAGCUCACUGAUGUCCCAGACGAAGAUGCUGACGGUGUGUACACAGUGAGGAAAGUAGUUGUACAGAGAGGAAGAUCUGUCACCAUCCCAUGUCUCUAUGAUAGAGAAUAUAAAAGUCAUGUGAAAUACUGGUGUCAUGGUACAGACUGGUAUGUCUGUAAAACUGUAGUACGCACUGACUCUCCAACAGUUAAAGGUGAAACAUCAAUCACUGAUGACCCCACCCAUCAUGUGUUCACUGUUACCAUGAGAAAGCUUCAGAUGAUGGACUCUGGAUCUUACUGGUGUGCUGUAGAGAUCCAGCGCGCUGGAGAUAAGGGAGCAUAUCUGUACCUGUCAGUCACUGCAGGCACUCCUGGACUCUGGGUUAAGCAGCAGGAGGUGGCCGGUGUGGAAGGGGGCCAUGUCAGUGUGCUGUGUCACUAUAAUGAACCGAGACGCAUGAAGAUGUGGUGCAGGAUAGGGGGCUCCUGUGUGCCAGUGAAUUCUGGUAAAUCUGGAAGAUCAGAGUUGAAAGAUGACCGCUCUAAAAAGGUCUUCACUGUGACGGUGAGGGAGCUGAACAUGGAGGACACAGGCUGGUAUUGGUGUGCUGCUGGAAAACUACAGAUCCCUGUUCACCUCACUGUCACUCAGAAAACUACAACGGCCACAGUCACCACAUACUGCAGACCCUGA